AUGGCCUGCCCAUUCUUGGAAGAUCCCAUUGAUGUCGGAGCACGGAUAGUGAGGAGAGCUCUUAGGAGAGAAAGGAUAUUUAGAGAUAGGUUUAAUCCUUUUGAUUUGCCUGAUGAAAUCCUGUAUGAAAGAUACAGAUUUUCGUCUCAUGGACUGCGAUACAUUUGCGAGCUGUUGCAGCCUUACGUUAAAAUUGUAACACUUCGCAGUCGGGCGCUCACCGUGCCACAGACUGUGUGCAUUGCGCUGAAGUUUUUUGCCACAGGCACUUACAUGCACGCUGUUGGCAAUGCUGAAAACCUCAGCAAAAACACAUGUCACACUGCAGUCCACAAAGUAGCGAGGGCCCUGACAGACCUACUGGAUGUAUUUGUGGUUUUCCCCAGCCACCUGCCCGUACAUUCAGUCAAAGAAGGGUUUUAUGCGAUAGCAGGGUUCCCAAGAGUCAUUGGAGCCAUAGACUGCACCCAUAUCCCCAUAUACGGAAGUCUGGGGGAAAACGAGGCGGACUAUGUGAACAGGAAAAACUUUCACAGCCUCAACAUUCAGAUGACAUGUGACCAUCAAAUGAUGGUCACCAGCCUUGUGGCUAAGUGGCUAGGGUCUGUCCAUGACUCCCGGAUCUUCAGGGAGUCUGCAUUGUCACUGAACCUUGAGCAAGGCCUAUUCAGUGGGGUGCUGGUAGGCGACAGGGGCUAUGCCUGCCAGCCCUUUUUGAUGACCCCCUAUCCUGACCCUGGUGCAGGGCCACAAACAAGGUUCAAUGUGGCCCUUGCUAAAACCAGGGUCAGGAUAGAAAUGACCUUCGGGGUCCUCAAGGCCAGAUUCAACUGCCUUAGAGGGCUUAGGGUGGCCCCUGGCAGGGCCUGCAAAAUAUUUGCAGCAUGUGCUGUGCUGCAUAACAUUGCAGCCCUAAGAAAGGAAAGGAGCCCUCUUGUUGACCCCCCUCCCACUGAUGUUGUGGACCCCAUUACCCUCGACUACCCUGCAGGGAUACUAGUGAGAGAUGCCAUUGCACAGCAGUUUUUCAGUUAA